AYUACCACUGGAAAUUCGCGGAACGAUCGUGGAAGUGCAGAUCCCCGUGCAAGUGGACAGGCCCGGAUAAAAGAAAGCCUUCGGAAAACUAAUGCAAGCGUCUCAAAUAGAGGCAGUUGACGACGCGACGAGAAAUCUGCGCCUCAUGGUAAAUGAUAGGAGAACAGGAGCAUGUUUUCURAUAGACACUGGUGCAGACGUCUCAGUGAUUCCACGUACUUCGAUAAAUGAAACCAAAGACGAUACGUGUAAGUUAUACGCGGCAAACGGUGCAGAAAUAGACACAUUCGGAAAAAAACUUUUAAACUUAAAUCUUGGACUUCGUCGAGAUUUUUCAUGGAGAUUYAUUAUAGCGAAUGUUUCUAAAGCAAUAAUAGGCGCCGAUUUCUUACAUUUUUAUAACUUACUACCAGAUUUAAGAAACAAAAAAUUGUUGGACGGCAAUACAUUGCUUUCUAGGAAAGCAGAAUUAGGAGUACGCAGAUUUAACUAAACCAACUUCAAGAAAACCCAUCAGCCACACGGUGAAACAUUAUAUUACCACAAAAGGUCCUCCAAUAGCAGAGAGAGCAAGAAGACUAAAUCCGGAAAAA